AUGAUGUUGUCGCAGUUCGCUCUGGAGUAUAAACCCCGACCGUCCAUCAAGGCCCAAGCUCUAGCUGAUUUCAUGGUGGAGUGCACCGCGCGAGACAUUGAAACAGACCAGAAUAGUCCUCAAACCUCUGAAUGGUGGGAAGUUAGUACCGACGGAUCCAGCAGGAAGAAAGGAGCAGGAGCGGGGAUAGUCGUCACGACCCCCGAGGGCUUCAAGGCUUAUUAUGCAAUCUUGCUCCGCUUCUCGCCGACCAACAAUGAGGCCGAGUAUGAGGCCCUAAUCGCCGGACUACAGCGGGCAAGACAGCUAGGGGCAAAGACUAUCCGAGCUAAAACGGAUUCCGCGCUGGUCGUUGGGCAGGUUAACGGCGAGUUCGUCACCAACGGAGACAAGCUGAUGGUCUAUAAAGAUCGAGUGCUAGCCGUCCUGCGACAAUUUGAAGCCCACGAACUCACCCACAUUCCCAGGUCGGACAACGCGGAUGCAGACAUGCUAUCGCGACUGGUACAUGAGGCUCCCGAGCACAUAUCAAAGAUAGCUCACAUCGAGGAAGCAAUUGCGCCAUGCAUCGACACCCUUGAGGUGGAACCGGUCGGAGCAGAACAGGACCCGUGGAUUACCGACCUCAAAGAAUACCUCCAAGACGGGAAAAUGCCUGAAGAAGCGGAUCGAGCGCGGAAAGUGAGGCUCCGAGCGCCCAGAUUCCAGGUCGUGGACGACCGUUUAUACCGACGAUCCUAUGGGGGCCCAUUGAUGAGGUGCUUGAACGCGUUCGAAGCAGAUAUUGUCAUGAAGGAGCUGCACUCGGGCCUAUGCUCGGCACAUCAGGGGGACAGGUCGCUUGCACGACGGAUCAUGGUUAUGGGAUACUACUGGCCGUCCAUCCAACUGGACUGCGAAAGUCUUGUCAGAGCGCGCGAGCCUUGUCAGAAAUUUGCAAAGACUCCCGGUCGGCCGGCAACCUUUUACCAACCGAUCAGCACUGCGAUCCCAUUCGCUCGCUGGGGGGUGGACAUCAUAGGUCCGUUCCUGAUGCUGGCAGGUCGGAAAAAGUUCGUGAUCGUGGCUAUCGACUACUUUUCGAAGUGGAUUGAGGCGGAACCCUUAGCGACCAUAACGGCCCAGCAGUGCGCGCGCUUUGUAUGGAGGAACGUGAUCGCCCGGUUCAGAGUCCCCGUGCACCUGAUCACGGAUAAUGGAAGGCAGUUUGAGAGUCAAUAUUUUAAAAACUUCCUAGUUAUGGUCAGCACGAAGUCCAUCAGAUCAUCUGUGGCAUACCCCCAAGGGAAUGGACAGGUCGAGAACGCGAACCGGAAGAUCCUAGAUGGGCUAAAGAAAAAGCUGUUCGAUGCCGAUCGAAGCUGGGCGAACGCCUUGGAGGAAAAGAGAGAGGUCGCGGCUCGGAGGAUAGUUGAAUACCAGAACAAAGUAAAGCAAACCCGCGACCUCCGAGUUCGGCCGAGAUAUUUCCAGGUGGGGGAUUACGUCCUCCGAGAGCGAAGAGCGAGCCGACCAAAUGAGGGCGGAAAGCUCGCACAGACGUGGGAAGGGCCGUACGUCAUUUCUGUUGUAUUCCGACCUGGUACCUACAAGCUGGAAACGACCACAGGGAAGCCGGUGGAUCGGAUUUGGAAUUCGGAGCAUCUGGUUCUGUUCCGCCAUUAG